AUGGUCAUAGUUGACAAGUCUGGAGUUCAUUGCCUCGAGGUUCGAUGCUGUGAUUGUCCAAAUGCCAUGAGUCCAGACAUUCAAAUAUUUCGACAUGGAUUUUUCCCUGCAUCAUUCAACAGGCUGAAGACUGUGUUCACCUUCAGAGUGCUCGAUGAUUUUCUAUUGGACAACCUUGAAUGCGGCACCUCAGCAAUGAACUAUUACAGCAAGCUCCGGCGAAUGACCUUGAGCAUGUUUCCUCACCUUGUUCCGGACCAAUACAGAGAGCUCAUGAGAGUCACUCGACAGUGGAGGCAGUUGAAGACCAUGAAAUGGUAUGGCUUUGGCCAUUGUUCUGACACCCUGAAUGCCGAAGAUCUCGCACUGUUCUGCCCAGCAUGUCCUCAGCCUGGGAUUAAUGUAUCCUUGUCAGGGGAUGAAUCACUUGAUGAAACUCCAAGCUGGAAAUACACGCGAUCAUUUGUAAUGGACGGAAAUUUCAAAGCCGAACAUCUGCAUCCCAUCAAGCCAUUUGAUGAAGUUUGGCUUUCCGAUGGGCUGGGGUUCAUGGUGGGAAAGGAGAGGUAUAAAAAUCAUCUGGCAGAGGCAGCUGACACUGUGGAAAAAUCGAGCUGCAACAAUCACUGGGCAGUAAAUCAAGCAAAUGUGGCUCGGCACAAAUUGGAGUCCACAGGUAUCGGGGGAGUUGCCUGUGCCCGACAUGGUUGCUUUGUCCCUCAUGCGAUGGUAGAUUUUCAGAAAGGUGAAAGGCAAGCUGAACAUGAAGUUUGA